AUGGAACCAAGCAAAGAACUAAAAGGAAAAAGAAACGUCAAUUUUAACAAAAGAGAGGAGGAAUUUCUUGUGGAGUUGGUUCGAAAAUACCAACAAGUCAUCGAGAACAAAAAAACGGAUUCCAUAAUGUGGAAAGAUAAAGAGGCAUGUUGGGUAAAACUUACUGCUGAGUUCAACAGCUUAGGAUUAUUAGUUCCAAGGACUGUUGCCCAGUUGCAGCUUAAGUACAAAAACUUAAAAAAAGUUGUACGGAAAAAAAGUGCUACAAUAAGGUAA